AUGUCGUUGCGCUUUGGAAGCCACGGAAGACAGCAUGUCGCACGAGGGAAAGAGGCGAAAAGGGCCACAAGGAAAAUUGCUUCGCUUAUAGCAGCGUACAAAACAGCACCCACAUCUAGCGGAACGUUGACGCCGGAGCAGGUCGCGCAGUUCCACAAUGACGGUUUUCUGGUGCUGGAGCGAUUUGCCAGCCCGGAAGACUGCAUACGGUUGCGUAAGCGUAUUGACACGCUUUUGCACGAUUUUGACCCCAAGACCAUUUCUAUUUUCACGACUAGAGACCAGGCCAAGAAGACGGAUAACUACUUCCUCAACAGCGCGAGCGACGUGGGCUUCUUUUUUGAAGACAAGGCGUUUGACGAAGACGGCAAGCUGCGCCAGGCCAAGGAGCUGAGCAUCAACAAAGUCGGACACGCUCUCCACGAUCUAGACCCCGUGUUUCGGGAGUUCUCACGGUCGCCGGCGGUCUGCAAUGUGCUGCGGAGCCUGGGCUACAACAGGCCGCUGCCAGUGCAAUCGAUGUACAUAUUUAAACAACCAUCCAUUGGGGGGGAAGUAGUGCCACACCAGGAUUCCACCUUUAUCCACACAACGCCGCUUAGCUGUGUCGGUCUUUGGUGGGCGCUGGAGGACGCUACCCGGGACAACGGCUGCCUCUGGGCGAUACCAGGCAUUCACAAGGAGGGCCUCAGGCGGCGCUUCCUGCUAGCGCCUGAUGGCAGCGUAUUCUUCGACAAGCCGCAGCCGGCAUACGACAUGUCAGCAUUUGUGCCCCUGGAGUGCCCUGCGGGCACGCUGGUGCUCCUGCACGGCGAGAACGUGCACUACUCGGCGGAAAACACGAGCCCCGUAUCCCGUCACUCGUACUCGAUGCACCUAGUGGAAAGCGCCAACGGCGUAGCCUGGUCAUCAGAUAACUGGUACGUGUUAGUUACCGCAAGAGCUCCUUUCAGCCGCUCCGGCUACCGCUGA